AUGCCUGUAGCACGCUCCACUCUCUCAAUACCAGGUCUCCACCCACUCCCCAUGCCUCCACCCACUCUCCAUGCCUCCACCCACUCCCUACGCUCAAUAUCAUGCCUCCACCCACUCCCCAUGCUCAAUAUCAUGCCUCCACCCACUUCCCACGCUCAAUAUCAUGCCUCCACCCACUCCCCAUGCUCAAUACCAUGUCUCCACCCACUCUCCACGCUCAAUAUCAUGCCUCCACCCACUCCCCAUGCUCAAUACCAUGUCUCCACCCACUCUCCACGCUCAAUAUCAUGCCUCCACCCACUCCCCAUGCUCAAUACCAUGUCUCCACCCACUCUCCACGCUCAAUGUCAUGCCUCCACCCACUCCCCGCGCUCAGUACCAUGUCUCCACCCACUCACCAUGCCCAAUACCAUGUCUCCACCCACUUCCCACACUCAGUACCAUGCCUCCACCCACCCAGUUUCAUAA